GAAUGAACCAACAAAUGUAUCUAAUUUUAAAAAAUUUAUUAAACACAAAUUGUGAGCUCUUAAUUGGUGUAAGAUUCAAAUCAUUUAUCGGCUGCAUUGCAACGGAUAAUAAAAUCCUAACAAAAUUUUCAUGCCGAAGCAGAAGAUUUGGUCUACCAAGGGCAUUAUAGGAAUUUCAAGUAAUCCUCCAUGCAACGUGCCAAGCAAAACGAGGCAACAGACAAACCCAAACCCUCUCCUCAGACCUCACAAUGACCAAAAACUCCCUUCAAACCCCAAAUACAAAGGAACAAGUCAAACUUUACCAAAGUUGAAAAUGUAUCUUCCAAUUUACCAAAACAAAAUAAAUAAAUAAAAAUAAAACAAAAACAGUAAAUAUAAUUUGAAAACCUCAAAAAGCUACCAGAUUUCACGGUCAAUUCAAUCCAAAAAUAAAAAUAAAAAUAAAUUAAACAAAGCCAACAGCAAAUCAAUGAACUGUCUUUUUACCUUUCCUAGUCAAACAGUCAACACCAUUACAAAAAAGCUAUUAAUUUUAUAUUUAUUAUUAAAUCAGUUUUUCAUUUCCAUUUUAAUUUUCCAUUAACAUUAACCAAGCAACAACCUUUCACUGCUUUUCUGUGUCAGAGUUUCAAAUUGUGGCCCAUCCCGCUCGCUCACACUUCCCCCCCCCCUCUCUCUCUCUCUCUCUCUCUCUCUAAGCUCACAGAGCUCUUCUCUCACCUCCUAUAUCUGGAGGUCUUGGAGCUUGGAGGAGAGAGAUUCAGGACAAUCUUUCAGCCCAACAAUGCAAUGUGUGCGUCUAUACGCAUCACAAUCUGCGUCACAUUGACUGGUUCGAUUUGAUGUGGUGUUCUGCUUGUCUCUCAUGUCUGCAAACAUGAAGAGAGAAAAUAUGGUCACCUCCAAUGUUAGAGAGCUUCCUGGAAGAAUAACACGUGCUCGAGCUGCUUCACUUCAUACAUCUGGACAAAUGCCCCCAAUAAAACCACCCACACAACAGAGCCAGAAGCAGGCUGUGCGAACAAAUCCAAAAAGAGCUGCCACGGAUGAGAACAGUACAAAAGCUGCUGGUAAUGCAUGUAUGCAACGUAAGAGGAGGGCUGUGCUUCAGGAUGUGACCAAUGCUUGCUGUAAACCUUCGUACGGGAGCUGCUUCAAUGCAACUAAAAUUCAGGUUAAGAACAGCAAGCCAGCUAAAAAGGGUCAGGCAAAGCUGACAAAAAUGGUCCCUUCCGUUGCGCUAGAUUCAAAAACGGAGGCUGUGCAGGGAAUUAUAAAACCAGAACUAACAUCCGACUUACAUUCAAUUAAUUUGGAAGAUGGAAACAUGCUUAUGUGGUCAACUAAGGAUGUGAAAGAUGUUCGUCAGUCAGAAAAUCAGAGUUCUGGAUCUAGAGUGGCUUCAAAAGUCCAAAGCCCUUCAAAUAAAGCGCAUGAUGCUAGCCUUUCAGCAGACAUGGUUCCAUCGAGCAACCAACAUAUUGUUAACAUUGAUGCAGAUUACAAGGAUCCUCAAUUGUGUAGCCUCUAUGCCCCUGAUAUCUACAACCAUUUACGUGUUGCAGAGCUUGACCGAAGGCCAAAUGCUACUUUUAUGGAAACAAUACAGCAAGAUAUCACCAAAAGUAUGAGAGGGAUUUUAAUUGAUUGGCUUGUAGAGGUGUCAGAGGAAUAUAAGUUGGUGGCAGAUACGCUUUACCUCACAGUCUAUCUCAUCGAUUGGUUUCUCUGUCAUAAUUACACUGAAAGGACUAGACUUCAAUUGCUUGGCAUCACUUGCAUGCUAAUUGCCUCGAAAUAUGAAGAAAUUUGUGCACCGCGUGUGGAAGAACUUUGUUUCAUGACAGACAACACUUACUCGAAAGAGGAGGUAUUGAAAAUGGAGAGUCAAGUAUUGAAGUAUUUUGGGUUUCAACUUUUUGCACCAACAACUAAAACUUUCCUCAGGAGAUUUCUUCGAGCAGCACAAGCUUCUUAUAAGACUCCUAGCCUUGAACUGGAGUACUUGGCCAAUUAUCUUGCUGAACUAACUUUGGUUGACUAUAGCUUCUUGAAUUUCCUUCCUUCCGUCAUUGCUGCAUCAGCUGUUUUUCUUUCCAAAUGGACCUUAGAUCAGUCCAGCCAUCCAUGGAAUCCAAUACUAGAACACUAUACCCGUUACACGCCAUUGGAUUUGAAGAUCACAGUUCUUGCUCUGCAAGAUUUACAGUUGAACACCAAUGGUUGUCCUCUGAGUGCUGUACGCAUGAAGUAUAGGCACCAAAAGUUUAAAUCCGUAGCGGGUUUGUCAUCCCCAAAACUCCUUGAAACACUAUUUUGAAGAUGAUUUCAAGUGACAGCUAACAGAGACUGAGACUUGUACACUUUCCGGACAGAAGUUACCUCUGGAUUUUGUCAAUCACUCCAUGAGGUUGUACUUGAUGUGCCAUCUUAAUCCUGUCUCCAUUCCAUUUAUAUUCAUUUUGUCCAAUUUCUUAAUUCUUGUUUAUAGAUUUUCUGACCUGGUUUUGUGCUUGAUCCAACCUGUGUCUUUGUAAAAUUGACCUAGGGAUGUCUGGCCACUUAAGUAUUAAACUUGGUUACAUGAAUUGUUAAUAGUCAUUAUGUUGUUCAGUUUAAACUAGCUCUUAAUCAGGCCUUGACCACAAUUUAAUUAA